GCGAGUCUCGCGGGAAAACCGUUAGGAAGUUACACUGAAUUGUAUACGUAACCCCCCAAUUAUGACCUGCCUAGCCUCCGACAGAAUAUGCAAAACUCAUAAGGCGCUCUGAAUUAAAUUAAACGCCAUGUUGGUGCUUUUCCUCUUCGUGAGCCAUGUGCUGCUCCAAUUGGCGCACGGACUCCCGCCGGCCUUUAAAGUACGCCUGGCCGGCAGUGGCGUCGGGAGGAAACCGAACCAAGGCCGCAUUGAGGUCUUCUACAACAAUGCAUGGGGCACCGUCUGCGACGAUGAGGUUGACAUUAAGCUGACCAACGUGAUUUGCCGCGAGCUCGGCUUCCGGCGCGGUAUCACGUGGGCGCACAGUGCCAAGUUUGGACAAGGGCGAGGUCCGAUUUGGAUGGAUAACGUUCGCUGCACUGGUACAGAAACAUCAAUAGCGAACUGCCAGUUUAAUGGCUGGGGAGUCAACGACUGCACACAUGCUGAGGACCUCGGUGUGAUCUGCAGUCCUCAGAGAAGGUCCGGCCCCCCGCAACACAGGCCUGAGCCUGAGCGUGUGAACUCAGCAUCUUCACGGAUAGAAAAUGUGAACUCACUGUCCCCUUGGACAGAGCAUGCCUUUUCUCCAUCUCCACCAUCUGAGCACUUCAAUUCACUUUCCUCAUGGUCAGAGAAUGCUGAGUCAUCUUUUCCACACUCUGAACAAGUGAACUCUCCUUGGAUGGAGGAUGCGUACACGUCAUCUCCACGAUCGGAACGGAUGAACUCAGCAUCUCCCUGGUCAGGUAAUGCCAUCCAACGUGUGAGUCCUGCUCCCCCUGAGCCAGAACGCACGAUCCCCCCUCCUCCACCAGAGCGCACGAGACAGACUCGACGGGGUCAUGAGAUCGCCCUGCUGCGGAACCUGAACACGCCACGGCAGGGGCGCCGGCCAGCCCAACCCCGUGGACAUGUGAUCCACCUACAGCGUAGCAAUGGGAACACGGUCCCACGUGGGCACCAGAUUCCCACAGGUCUUGGGAGUGCUGCUGCGCAAAGGCCCAGCAAUGCAGUCACGCAUGUAGAGGAAAAUCGGCCUGAGCCAGUAAGCAGACAUGCACCGGAGAGAUACAGCAGCCAGUAUGAUUCGGCUUCCACGUAUGUGAAUUUUGAAGAGGUACGUGUGCGGCCCGUCGUGCCAGCGACCAGGGGUUACGCGCUGGUUACGGAGGGUGCGGUGGAAGUGAUGUACAAUGGGAAUUGGAGGUAUGUUUGUGACCUUGGAUGGGACCUCAGUGCCAGUCAAGUAGUCUGCGGGAUGCUGGGAUUCCCUGCGGCGGAGCAGCACAACGUCAACAUGUACAGGAAAGCAUGGGACACAAUGAUGGCUGAUCCAUCUGACAGGCUGGGCUCCCAGGUCAGCAAGAAGACCUCCUGGGUUGAGAAGGUGCUCUGUCAGGGCACAGAGAGCAGCCUGGAGCAGUGCCGUGCACUGCUCUCCAUCCCCCACAGCGAGGUUCCCUGCGAAGGCGGCAUGUUCGCUGUGACUCGCUGUGUCCCAGGGGCCCAGUUUGCCAAUUUGGCCUCCUCUUAUGACAGCACAUCAUGGGUGCCCCACACCAAUCAGGGUGUGGUGCGACUGAAGGCUGGACCCCGUCUGGGCGAGGGGCGCGUGGAGGUUCUGCGCGAGGGGAAGUGGGGUACAGUGUGUGACCACCUGUGGGACCUGCCGGACGCCAGCGUGGUGUGUCGGGAGCUUGGCUUUGGCACAGCACGCCAGGCACUUAACAGGGCACAUCUGGGCCAAGGGACGGGUCCCAUACACAUGAACUCUGUGCAGUGCACGGGCACUGAGAAGUCCAUCUUGCAGUGCCAGCACCAAGAAGCCACCUACUGGACCUGUAAACACUCCCAGGAUGCGGCGGUCCGCUGCAAUGUGCCCAAGAUGGGCCUGGAGAGCACGGUGCGCCUCGUGGGUGGCCGGGAGCCUGCUGAGGGCCGUGUGGAGGUGUUGCUGGAUGUGGGUGGUAGGCGGCGCUGGGGGGCCAUCUGCAGCGAGAACUGGGGCCUCACCGAAGCCAUGGUGGUGUGCCGGCAGCUGGGCUUCGGCUUUGCGUCACGCGCUCAUCAGGAGACAUGGUUCUGGUCCGGGGACCCCAGUGCCAGUGACGUGGUUCUAAGUGGGGCGCACUGCACGGGGUCCGAGCUGUCCAUCCAGCAGUGUCGCAGGAACAGCCAGGUGUACUGCCCUCGGGGUGGCGGGACAAGGGCAGCGGGCGUCACCUGUGUGGAGACGGCCCCUGACCUGGUGAUAGACGCCCAGCUUGUACAGGAGACAGCUUAUGUGGAGGACCGGCCUCUGCACCUCCUCACCUGUGCCCACGAGGAGAACUGCCUGUCCUCCUCCGCCCACCGCAUGCAGUGGCCCUACGGGCACCGGCGCCUGCUGCGCUUCUCCUCCCGCAUCCACAACUUGGGCCGCGCCGACUUCCGACCCCGCGCCUCCCGGGAGGCCUGGGUCUGGCACCAGUGCCACAGACAUUAUCACAGCAUCGAGGUGUUUACACACUAUGACCUCCUGACCCUCAACGGCAGUAGAAUCGCAGAGGGCCACAAAGCCAGCUUCUGCUUGGAGGACACCACCUGUCCCGAUGGACUGCAGAAACGGUACUCCUGCUAUAAUAUGGGUGACCAGGGCGUCACGGCGGGCUGCUGGGACACGUACCGACACGACAUCGACUGCCAGUGGGUCGACAUCACAGACGUCAGGCCGGGGAACUACAUCUUCCAGGUGGAGGUUAAUCCCUCGCUGGACAUGGCAGAAUCUGACUUCGUGAACAACGUGAUGCGCUGCCGCUGCCGAUACGACGGACAGAGAGUCUUUCUGUACAGCUGUCACACCAGAGAUGCCUACAGCCCCGAGUCUGAGGACCUCUUCGAGCACGAAGCUCAGAUCUCUAAUAACUUCAUCUAAUCUGGGCAGAGCUGAAAGCUGGGGGGGAGGGGUGUGUGUGUGUGUGGGGGGGGGGGGUAAUGGCAGGGUCAUAUGGUAGGUAGGUAACGAUGUCAGAAAAGGUACAGAAGGGCAUGGGUACUUCUAAACUGUCAGCUUACGGGAGCCAUACUGAGUGGCUCAUGCCUUGAGGACAAUUGGAUCUUCGGGAUUCUGGUGCCAAAAUAACAUUCCGGAAUGGGAUCUUAAUGGCAGUUGCAGGGACAGAUGUUUUAAUGGUAACAGUUUAAUUUAAAACAGCUCAUAAUUUAAAAGUUUGGGUCCGAUUAAACAGUCUACUCAUUUUUUCUUAAAUGUUUCUUCUAAAUAUUAUUCUAAGAUAUUUUUAAAUUAUUCAGGAACUAUUACAAAGGAUAUUUGAAAAAACAUUUUUAAUAUAUAGCAGUGGACUUGAAACUUGCCGUCCUUGUUGAAAGAAUCCUCUUUAGGUAAAUGUGUAGUGUCUUUAGAAACAGAUCUGUGAUAUCCACCCUGAAACUGGUGCUUUGUCUCUUGGACUUUAUUACAGUAUUCUUUGCGUUUUUAAUUAAAAAUACAUAUUUUUUGUCAGAUUAGGAAUAAGUUUUAAAUAAAUGUACUGUUGCAUUUGUA